CUCCCACAGCACCUCAGCAGUCGUUGAUCGAUUAAUUUACAGUCUUUUUAACCUCGUUCCUUCGAACUCAAGCCCGCAGGUCAGGCUUGUCGUACCCUGUCGUUUAAUCGAAAGCAUCUUUUGGUCCCCUGCUCGUGUCCCGGCCAUUGUAAAGAUCCGGUAGCGUUAUACAUAUACCCUCAUGUCUUCUUCCGCGCACGCCCCGGCCCAACUCAAGCAGUCUUCGAAGAUGGCUGCGCCCAAAAAUGUCCCUUCCACGACGUCAGAAACGAAGGGUGCUGCAUCCAAGAUGCACCGACGUUCGCGAUCAGGUUGCUUCACAUGUCGAUUACGAAGAAAGAAGUGCGAAGAGGGCAAACCAGCGUGCAAGGCCUGCACACAUCUAGGACUGCGAUGCGACUACAAGCGACCCAUGUGGUGGAGCAACAGCGAUCAACGAAAGCAACAAAAAGAGCACAUCAAGAACGCGAUCAAGCGAACUCAGAUGACCAAGAAGGCUACGCAGACUCAACAACAGUCACUAAACACGAGCAGUCCGCCUCCGCCUCUCAGCCACUCCGUUCCAUCAUCGGUCGAGCCUCAAUUCGCAGAGUCAUUCCCUCAUUCGAGAUGUUCAUCUGACUCACCUCUGUCGACCGGCUACGAUCUACAGUGCCCUUCCGGUGACGGCUACUUUCCCCACCCUGCACAAGCGUUCAUGCCUCACGGACCUUAUCCCAUGUUCUCACCCUACGAGGUCGAUAUCAAGACGGAGCGCGAGAUCUACGUCAACAACGUUGCGACGCGGAAAGAUUCUACCAUCUCCACCUUCAGCACUUAUCAGCCACCGCCGACUGCCGACUACCCUGCCGACAGCUGGGUGCAGCAGGAGCACUUCGAGUCAACGUGUGAGGAAUUCGGAGAGGAGCCUGUCGAUUUCAACUUCUUUGAAUUUCCUCACGCUCCUCUUCCCCCAAACCACGAGGCUGUCAUCACUGUUGACGAUGGCGACAAGUAUCUCCUCAAUCACUUUCUCGACAAGGUUGCGAAGCUUAUCUUCCCCAUCCUCGACGCGAACCAGCAUGGCUCCGCUCGCGCAGAUGUCAUCCUCCCAGCUCUCGAAUCCAACAAGGCAUACCUGCACUGCUGUUUGAGCAUUGCGGCAACACACAUGAAGGCGACUGGAAGUGGUGCCCACGAGCAGAUUGACAAUGACAUUGUUCGACAUCGCUAUGCCGCAGUGUCGGAGCUUUGUGAAGCUCUCGGGUACGACACCGACCACGCUCAAAUCCUCGAAGCGACGCUCGGCAUGAUUUUCUUCCAGUGCUCGGUUGGCCGUCCCGACGAUGUGCUCCCAGAUAUCCCGUGGCACCAGCACUUCCAAGCUGCGACGAGCUUGGUGCUGAAGCUUGACUUGCAGAAAUCUGUCAUUGAGAUGGCCGGCACUCCCCACCAAGCACCUUUCAACAUGACUCUCGCAUCGUGGAUCGACAUUCUCGGAUCAACCAUCAUCGGCCGACAGCCACAAUUCGCAGACACCUACCGCGAGCUGAACAUGAGCAAUUCUACUGUCGGACUGGCAGAGCUCAUGGGCUGCGACGACAAGAUCAUGUUCCUCAUCUCCGAGAUUGCCUGCCUCGACUACCAAAAGUCUGUCGGCAUGGAUGAGGCUGCCGUCUGCCAAUAUGUUCUGAGUCUCGGCAAUGCAAUUGGGCAAAUUGAGCACUCUGCUCCAGCAAUCGAAAGCUGCUUCUCCACCACGGGCGCUAUUCGUCCGCGUCAGCUGACCAUCAACCUGACAGCCGUCUUCACUGUCGCAGCUCGCAUCUACCUCUGCACUCUGAUCCCAGGCCACAACUCUUCCGACCCCAGCAUGUGCGCUCUCGUCGCAAAAUUCUCGGAGCUGAUGAACUUCAUCCCCGCCGGCCCCGAAGGCUUCGACCGCUCUCUGGCGUGGCCUCUCCUCCUGGCAGGCAGCUCUUCAUUGCGUGCCUCUCCUUUCCGCUCCAUGUUCGAAGAGCGCUGCGAUCGUCUCGGCGAGGCUGCCAACUUUGGCUCCUUUGGCCGAGUGCGUGAGCUUCUCAAGGACAUGUGGCAGAUCAACGACAACGCCGCCUCUUCGGGAGACUUGCAGGGCAUCCGCUGGCGUGAUGCGAUUCAAUCCAAGGGCUGGGACUUCCUCCUCAUUUAGGAGGUGUCGUCUCCCUUGAACUGUUUCCCGGCCUGUCCAAGUCUCUCGCCUUCACCACCAACAACACGACCCAACGACCAAACUUUCGGUUUUACGACACGUUACAUUCUGUGCAUAGCGACGGCGCUUUCUCCACACUAAUCAUCUGGCAUGAUGAUUCACUUUUUUUCUUUUAGAAAUGAUACCCACGACGCCACAAAGAGCGUUCGAACAGCAUGAGGCCAUGAUCUAGUGCAGCUCUCUGGCCGAGCGUUAAUGCAUAUGGAAAGCGACAUGGUAGCUUUCAGAAAUGGCAAAAUUGAAAAUGAAACAAAUAUUCAAC